CCCGGCAGUGUGGAUGUUUGCUAACCGUAGGAGGCAUUACGCUCAAGGUUUUGUCCUUAACAACAGUCUGGAGACAUUGACGUUGUCUCCGCCCGCUGCUGCUGUUUUAACCGCAGAGGAAGAAGACUAACAAGUGUACAUUUUUAAGGUCUGAGGGGAAGCAGAAGAGAGCCUCCAUCUUUGCGUUCACCAUGCAGAGUGCCGUCCUCUUCCUCUUUUCCCAGGUUCUCCUCUUCAUCUCUCUCCUCGUCCCUGCAGUCUCUCCUCAGAGCGAGGCAGACCUAACAGUUCUGACCCAAGGGGGCCUAGUGCGGGGCAUUCACAUGCCUGUGCUGGAGCGGGGCCACGUCACCGCCUUUCUGGGCAUCCCCUUUGCGGAGCCGCCCAUGGGGAAGCGACGUUUCCGGCCGGCCGAGCCCAAGCAGCCGUGGUCGACCGUGUACGAUGCCAACUACUACCCCAAUGCCUGCUACCAGUUUGUAGACACUACCUUCCCCGGCUUCAUGGGCAGCGAGAUGUGGAACCCCAACAGGGAGAUGAGUGAGGACUGCCUGUACCUCAACGUGUGGGUGCCCCCCUCACCCAGACCUCACAACCUUACCGUCAUGGUGUGGAUCUACGGCGGAGGGUUUUACAGCGGUUCUUCUUCACUGGACGUGUAUGAUGGUCGUUACCUAGCACACAGCGAGACCGUUAUUGUGGUCUCCAUGAACUACCGCAUCGGGGCAUUUGGCUUCCUCGCUCUGGAUGGCUCCUCCGAGGCUCCAGGAAAUGUGGGCCUGCUGGACCAGAGGAUGGCCUUGCAGUGGGUUCAGGACAACAUCCACUUCUUUGGAGGGAACCCCAAACAGGUGACCAUCUUUGGAGAGAGUGCCGGCGGCGCUUCAGUGGGAUUCCAUCUUUUGUCUCCAGAUAGCCGACCCUUGUUCACCAGAGCCAUACUGCAGAGUGGCGUCCCCAACACGCCCUGGGCAACCGUCAGCCCAGCGGAGGCCCGCAGACGAGGCACGCUGCUCGCCAAGCUCGUGGGCUGCAACGGGGGCAAUGAUACCGAGCUGGUGGACUGUCUGCGCACCAAAACAGCCCAGGAGCUUAUUGACCAGGAGUUUCAGGUCCUGCCGUGGUCGUCCAUCUUCCGCUUUUCAUUUGUCCCCGUGGUGGACGGCGACAUCGUGCCUGACACUCCGGAGGCCAUGCUCAACUCGGGCAAUUUCAAGGACACUCAGGUCCUGUUGGGAGUCAACCAGGACGAGGGCACCUACUUCCUGCUAUACGGCGCUCCAGGCUUCAGUAAGGACAACGACAACCUCAUCUCGAGAGAGGACUUCCUGGAAGGCGUAAAGAUCAGCGUGCCGCACGCUAACGACAUUGGUCUGGAGGCAGUGGUCCUGCAGUACACUGACUGGAUGGACGAGAACAACGGCGUGAAGAACCGCGACGCCUUGGAUGACAUCGUGGGCGACCACAACGUCAUCUGCCCUCUGGCCUUGUUUGCUCGCUCCUAUGCUCAGCACAAUGCGCUUAAGUCCAACGCAGGAGUCUAUCUCUACCUCUUUGACCACCGAGCUUCCAACCUGCCUUGGCCGGAGUGGAUGGGUGUGAUCCAUGGCUACGAGAUUGAGUUUGUCUUCGGCCUUCCCCUGGAGAAGAGAUUCAACUACACACAGGAGGAGGAGAAGCUGAGCCGACGCAUGAUGAGAUAUUGGGCCAACUUUGCCCGGACCGGCAAUCCCAACGUGAACGUGGAUGGCACCGUGGAGAACAGGAAGCGUUGGCCUCAGUUCUCCGUCAGCGAGCAAAAAUACGUGGGACUCAACACGGAGCCCAUGAAGGUCCACAAGGGUCUCCGGAACCAGAUGUGUGCGUUCUGGAACCACUUCCUGCCACGCCUCCUCAACAUCACCGACAACAUCGACGAAGCCGAACGCCAGUGGAAGGUGGAGUUCCACCGCUGGUCCUCCUACAUGAUGCACUGGAAGAGCCAGUUUGACCACUACAGCAAGCAAGAGCGCUGCACCGACCUCUGAAAGCUCCCACGGCGGGUGGGGGGUGGAUGGUGCGGGGUGGUUGGCAGGGGACAAGACAGGCGAGACCAGCGUAUUUCCUCCAUAGCCGCCCUCCAUUUUAUUCCUGACAAAACCAACGCCCUAUUUAUUUUUUUGGAAUUAUUUAAGACUAUUUAUAUAGAAAUAUAUGUGUGUGUGUGUGUGUGUGAGUGUGUGUGUAUAUGUGUGUUUGUUUUGUGGUGACACUGCCGCUUUAUGUUUAUGUUAACAUAUCAGGGUUUUCUUUUUGGUGGAAUGGUCCACUUUGACGCCCCUUCGCUCCUGUAAGCACUUUAGUCCACUUUGCUGUCCUUGUGGUGGCCAUCUUGCUUCUUUUUGUGACAAAAUCCUUCGAAUCCAAGUCCCUGAUCAUCCAACGCACGUAUUUGCCAUUUAGUUGUUUUUUUUACGUGCGUUGGACCUCCUCCACCCUCCAGUCGCCCACUGCCGCGCUGUCCUCGCGCCCCCUUCCUUCACCUCUAAUCAGCAUCCUUCCUGACUCGCUCCAUCCUCACACUGUCCUUCAUCCGACGUUCCUCUCUCUCCUUUCUCGUUAGCCUAAUGGAGGCCGAGUAAUUCACUCAGCAGCAGGGUAAUGUGACAGGGCGCUGGGUCAGCCUCUGGCGCAGCGCGAUGAAUGGCUGGAACACGGAGGUGGGGAGGCAGCGGGAGGAGGCGAAGAAUGAAAAGACCUUACGUAACACGGAAGAAGAAAAGAAUAUCAGGCUGGAUGCUUUUGUGGUAAAUUAAUUUGUGUUAACACAUGAAUGACCUUUGACCCCACGUGGAUCGGUAACUGCAUGUCCCUGUCUUCACCCCCCCAUCGGAGCGUCGUGUGUAGUCUGGCUUGAAGCGCAUCUAAACUAGGAUUGUGGCUGAUGUGAGAACGCAUGUGAGAAGGAGCGCUCCUACAGCGUCCUCUCUUUUGACGGGAGGGCCUAACUAAGCCCCGCCCACCCCCAGUGCAUGACCCCCUCCUCCAUGCAGUGUCCCCUCAAAUAACUCAGACUGUUUAGGGUUGUUUUUUUUCGGUACAAUUUUGUACUUUUCUUGAAGACAACUUCCAGCUAGGUUUGAUGUUAGCAAUAACGUGGCUCAAGUCAUAUGUGAUAUUUCAAUGCAGUGAAAGGUGAUGUUGGAUUAAGGCUGUGUUUUAAAAGCAAUAUCAUUCUGAGUAUAAACUUUAAAAAAGGAGUGCCAUAAAACUUAAUUUUUUUGUUCUUAUACUUCACUUGUACUGUAAAUGUUGAAGGCUUCUGUCGCUUCCCAGUACGUGUCUUGUGUAACUUGAAUGCUGACCUGCAACACAAAAUAAAGACACCCAGCUGCUUC